AUGUCUUCUUCAUCAGAGUGCAUCACCUGGUUUGCUGUAUUCCUUACCGUGUCUGUUGCUAUAGUGAUAGUGAACUUACUAUCAAUCAUUCUUUUUAUGAAGAACACUAAUCUUCGCACUCGCGCCAUGUAUUUGGUUAUAAACUUGACCGUUGCUGACAUGUUCGUUGGAGUAAUAUCAUUUUUAUAUGCGAUAAUUCAACUAUAUGCAAGCCGCAAAUGUGCCAUUGUAAAAAUAUUCUUAACCUCAAAAGAGACAAUGACAAUGGCCUUUCUUUUCUGUUGGUUUCCUCUUACCUCUCUAACAAGCAUUGCAGUAAUUUCUUUAGAUCGGUUGCAUGCGACUUUCCGUCCAUUCAGGCAUCGUUUCAUAACAGAAAAUGUCUACUGGGUAACAAUUUUCGCAAUCUGGGUUUUACCUGCCAUGGUAUCAGCUACCCUUCAGUUAUUUGUCGCAUUUCGGAAUGAAUUGCAGUGGUAUUAUUUUCCCCUGUGGGAGUCAUACAGCUGUUUGUGUCUAUUUGUUAUCUGUGUUUCUUACUCCUCCAUUGUUGUUCAAUUUCUUCUUGGGGCGAAGCCUCAGCAACAUGGUGCAGCCGCCAAUAGACAAAGAAAACUUACUAUAACUUUAUUCAUCAUGACUAUUGUAUCGUUACUGAUGUGGCUACCUUUCGUUAUAGCUGCUUCAUCGCGCUUAAAAUCUGUGCGUUUGCAUAAAACUUUUGGGGCUCUAUUUCUGGCAAACUCCUUUGUCAAUGUCAUCGUUUACACAAUCAGAAUGCCAGAGUUUAGAAAAGCUAUCCUGGAAUUAUUCAAACGUCGGCAAAGAAAAAAUGCUGCUGUUAUUCCUCUUCAGGCCCGUUAA